UCCAAAUGAACUUCUCGAGGUAGCGCAUCGCAUUCUUUCCUGAAAACGACCAAAAGAAGUACGUGCUAUACCGACAUUAACACACUUUCCAUAUCUAGCACACAUAUAUUCUGAGAGCCUGCUAAGCCAGCUGUCUCAAUUCUCCCCUCCGCCGCUCCCGAGUUAUUCUUCGUCGCGAUCGCUAUGGCCAUUGGACAAGUCAGUGCCAGCGACGCUCUGACGGCCUUGCUGGUCGUUGGCAUUGCUGUUGUGAUCAUGUUCCAAAAAGCACUUGACGUUUACCCCGACUUCCCGGUCUCCAAAUUCUGGGACCAGACCGAGCGCACCAAUACCCGCAAAGAAGGCGAAAGCGUCGUCUUCCGAAGCCGCGUUGCGACUUCAGGCUUCCUCGACAACGCGAGCACCGGCUACGAGAUGUUCUGGAAAGCCGUUGAAAAGCACAAAUCGAAAAACUACAUUGCUCGCAACGUCAAUGGCGCGUGGGCGUGGCUCACCUUCGAGGAGUUUGGCGCUCGCGUUAAAUAUGUGGGGUCUGGGUUGCUGGUAUUGACGGGUGUUGAGCCGACCGGCGGCGUGGAGACGAGGGAUGAUUUGAGUGUGGAUGGAUCGCGCCUUGUCGGGUUGUACUUGCCUAAUUCGAUUGAGUGGGUGCUGACGGAUUUGGCGUGCUGCAGUUAUGGGCUCGUCACGGUCCCGCUGUACGACACGUUUGAUACGGAUUCGUUGAGGCAUAUCGUUAAGAGCACCGGGAUGUCGAUUAUCAUCACGGCCCAGAAUCAUUUGGAGAACCUGUUUGAAGUGGUCGGGGAAGGCACGGCUCUGAAGACCAUUGUCGUCUCGGAUCUGGCCACGAUUCCGUCGGAACUCAAACAACGCGCGGAAGCUUUGCAUAUCCGGUUGUCCACUUUCAAGGAAAUGGAGGCUACUGGAAGCGCUGACGUGAAGGACACGGUGGCCCCAAAGUCCGACGAUCUAUUCACGAUCUGCUUCACAUCCGGUACCACAUCGCUCCCGAAAGGCGUCAUGAUAACCCACGGAAACCUAGCGAAGAACGGAGCCGGCGUCAUCAGCUCAUUCCCGCAGGGCUACAAGAUCACCGAAGCGGACCGCCACCUCUCUUACCUUCCGCUCAGCCACAUGUUUGAGCGCACCGUUUUUCAUACUCUAACUCAUCUGGGCGUGGAAAUCGGAUUUUACUCCGGCAACAUUGCCAAGUUAUUCGACGACAUCAGUUCGUUCAAACCAUCGUUAUUCCCGACCGUCCCGCGUCUCCUUGUCCGUUUGCACGACAAAAUCUUGGAAGCCAUCGAGACCUCCACCCCAAUCAAGCGAGCGCUAUUCAAAAUGGCGUACGCUUCGAAGAAACGCAUGUUGGCUCGUGGGUGCGUCACCCGCACAUCUAUCUGGGACUCGCUGGUCUUCGGCCGCAUCCAGAAACGGGUCGGAGGACGCAUCCGGAUGAUGCUCACCGGCGCCGCGCCUAUUGACCCCGUAGUCCUCGAAUUCUUUCGAAUUGUGUUCGGUUGUCAAGUGCUGGAAGGAUACGGGCAGACUGAAACCUGUGGUGCAGGUUUCACGACUGCUGUCGGAGACUAUUCCCGGCCGUUUGGGCAUCAUAUUGGAGGCCCGAUUGCGGGUGCAGAGGUCAAGUUAGUGGAUGUGAAGGAUAUGGAGUAUCUUGCGACGGAUAAACCGUAUCCUAGAGGCGAGGUCUGUGUGAGAGGCCCUCACGUCAUGAAGGGUUACUUCCGGGAUGUUGCCGCCACGAAGGCAGCCAUCGACAAAGACGGCUUCUUACAUAGUGGAGAUAUUGGAGAGCUUUUACCGAAUGGUACUCUGAGGAUCGUUGACCGCAUCAAGAACAUUUUUAAGCUGUCCCAAGGAGAAUACGUCGUGCCUGACAGGGUGGAGAGCAAGAUCAAGCCUAGUUAUAUACAACAAGUUUUCGUCUACGGCGAUCCACUCCGAUCAUCCGUCGUCGCGAUCCUCGUGCCCGAUACUGAGGGCCUCUUUGGCGAAUGGCUCCGCCAACAAGCCUGGGAUGGCACUUUUCGAGAUGCAUGCAAGUCCGAAGGGGUACAGCGCGCUGUGCUAAAAGAAGUGACACGGCUAGGGAAGCUGAAUGGAUUACAUGCAUUUGAGAUCCCGAAGGCGAUCAGACUCAUGCCGGAGCCAAUGACUACAGAGAAUGGACUUUUGACGCCGACAUUCAAGAUAAAGCGACAUCUAGCAAAGAAUCGCUAUAAGCCCCUUCUCGACACUAUGUACGAUUCCCUGCACAAUUGAAAUUUGUUGUGGAGAGUCCAGCGUUUGAGGGGAAGUGGUACCACAAAUGACAGCGAAAGGAGAGAGUUUUACAGUGAUAGUAUUUUCCCCACGUAGUUUUGAGGAAGAUGGUGG